CGAAUUGGGGGCAGGCCAGGGGCUUUUUUAAAGGGUAUUUCAAUACUGCAAUACUGGCCCCGCCUUGGCAGGUGUUUUAUCGGCUAGGCCGGUAAAAUACGGGCCGGGUGGCAACUCUACGUACAGGAGAGAAUAUUAACAGUUUUCAUGAGAGCGGGCUGCUGCUGUAUCCAGGGAAGUGACGCCAGAGCCAAAGCAGGAAAUGAGUGACAGCUGCGGAGCUUCCGGGAAAGUCCAAACAGUCAGAGGGAGAGCCGGGCGGCACCAUGGCUGUCUCAGAAGCUCAACUCAAGAAAAUGCUCGGAAAGUACAAAUACCGGGACCUGUCAGUGCGAGAAAUUCUCAAUGUCACCUCCCUCUACAGAGACCUCAAGCCCAUCAUGGACUCCUAUGUGUUUAACGAUGGCUCUUCCAGGGAGUUGCUGAGCCUGUCGGGUACAAUUCCUGUGCCCUAUAAAGGGAAUACUUAUAACAUCCCAAUAUGCCUGUGGCUCCUGGACACUUACCCCUUCAACCCCCCCAUCUGUUUUGUAAAACCCACCAGUACCAUGACCAUCAAAACGGGCAAACACGUUGAUGCCAACGGCAAGAUUUAUCUGCCAUAUCUGCACGAGUGGAAACACCCUCCAUCUGAUUUACUGGGACUCAUCCAAAUUCUCAUUGUUGUUUUUGGAGAGGAGCCUCCAGUUUUCUCCCGCUCUACUGCUCCUGCUCCGUACCCCAUGUACCCGGCAACAGGACCACCAAAUAGUUCCUACAUGCCCGGAGUAAUUCCCCCCUACCCACCCGCUGCUCACCCCGCCAAUCCCAGUGGUUACACAGGGUUCCCAUACCCAGCGCCCGGGCAGUACCCACCGACAUCCGGCCCCCAGAUCUUCCCUCAGCCCCCGGCAGCCCAGCCCCCCGUCACUAACGCUGGCCCUGCCAGGGACGGGACCAUCGGGGAGGACACAAUUCGGGCCUCUCUCAUUUCGGCUGUGAGUGACAAACUGAGAUGGAGGAUGAAGGAGGAGAUGGACCGGGCCCAGGCCGAGCUCAAUGCCCUGAAACGCACAGAGGAGGAUCUGAAGAAGGGCCACCACAAGCUGGAGGAGAUGGUCACACGCCUGGAGCAGGAAGUGACAGAGGUGGAUAAGAACAUUGAGACCCUGAGGAAGAAGGACGAGGAGCUGGGGGCGGUGGUGGAGAAGAUGGAGAGUCAGUCGGAAUACAGAGACAUUGAUGAAGUGAUUGUCCCCACCGCUCCCCUCUAUAAACAGAUCCUUAAUCUCUACGCCGAGGAGAACGCCAUCGAAGACACCAUCUUUUACCUGGGGGAGGCCCUGAGGCGCGGCGUCAUCGACCUCGACGUUUUCCUCAAGCACGUGCGUCUCCUGUCCCGCAAGCAGUUCCAGCUCCGCGCUCUCAUGCACAAGGCCAGGAAGACGGCAGGACUGAGUGAUCUUUAUUGAAGCCCCACCCCUUCUCUUUCCUUUCUCCUCCCCCUCAGACUUUUUGUUGAAUCAUUAGAAGUGGGGGUUAACUUCUCCUUAGUUACCUUAUUGGGACAACUUGUCUAAUUUGGUGCCCCUGUAUUCUGGGCUGAGAACUGAUGGUAACGCCCCCGAGGACUCACAUUAUGCCAGUGGGUGGGGCUUCCCAUGGACCUAGUUAUUGACCAGCAGUAGGCGGGCUCUGUGUAUCCAGUGUUUCCCAGUUAGGAGCCGGGACAGAGGGAAUGCUGGGAAUUCUUCCGCAUGGGACAGAUCUGACUGCACAUGUCUGUACGGUGGCCCUAGAGCACCAAAUCCCCCGUAUGCUAAUCAGCUAAUUAAUAUUCUAAUAAAUGGCUACUGAUUCUUUCA